CAUUUCACCUCUGCCCUGACAGGAACACCAGAGUUCAUGGCCCCAGAAAUGUACGAGGAGAAGUACGACGAGGCUGUGGACGUGUACGCCUUCGGAAUGUGCAUCCUGGAGAUGGCCACCUCUGAGUACCCGUACUCCGAGUGCCAAAACGCCGCCCAGAUCUACCGCAAAGUCACCAGCGGGAUAAAACCUGACAGUUUCUACAAAGUCAAAGUCCCAGAGCUGAAGGAGAUCAUCGAGGGCUGCAUUCGUAUGAACAAAGACGAGAGGUACACCAUCCAGGACCUCCUGGAACACCCCUUCUUCCAGGAGAACAACGGCGUACAUGUGGAGCUGGCGGAGGAGGAUGACACGGUGAAGUCGGGCCUGAAGCUGUGGCUGCGCAUGGACGACACCAAGAAGCUCCACGGGAAGUACAAGGACAACAACGCCAUCGAGUUCCUGUUCGAGCUCUACAAAGACGUGCCCGAGGAGGUGGCUCAGGAGAUGGUCGUGCUCGGCUUCGUGUGCGAAGCGGACUUCAAGCUGGUGGCGAAGGCCAUACGGGACAGGGUGUCGACCAUCAAGCGGCAGCGAGAGAAGCUGAGGCGGCAGGCGGAGGAGAAGAAGAGGAAGAAGCAGGAGCAAGAAGCCAUAGAGGAAGAACCCGAGCCUCAGCUCUUUUCACCCAAAGUCAGAGAGGUUGUGGCAGCGGAGUCCCCCACCCCGGCCCUGACGCCUCCGGCCCCCGUCACAAGCUCUGCAGACUCUGGAGUCAGCUCCAACUACCCGGCAGAACCAGAGGAGCCCGAGGCAGACCAGCACUUCCACAUCCGUCACAACAGCCUGUCCUCUGCUAACUCUGACUGCGAGACGGAUGGCUAUCUGAGCUCCUCUGGGCUCCAGGAUCCGCUGGAGACCGGCACCUUCAACACGCCCGCGACCCCUCCCACCAUGCACGCUGACUCCCCGACUGUUAGCGGUGUCCCCAUCCCGGCCCUGCGCUUCCCCUCGAGCAUCGCAGUGUCCAGCAACACGGAACAUGGCAACUCAGAGCCCCCGAGCGGCUUCAGCUCCCCUGUGGAAAG